GGCAUUCUAACUCUUUUAAGGCUUCGACCUAUUCGUUUACUGUCUCCCCUGAAUCCUAGGUAUCCGAGCCUUCACAAUUAGUGAGCUUAGCCGAGGACUUGUUUCUGUAAACAUGUAACAUUUCGGCUACCUUUAUAUUUGAGGCAAUCGCGUCCAUGCCCAGCCUAGUUGAACCUAGACUACUCCAUCAUUAUUCGAGUCAUAGCAAAGCCGGCAGGUUCUCUGCUCACAGAGGCUAAUCUGCGUUGUGCUCCACACCACAGACUUCCGAUGACGACCAAGUUUGCGUACAAGUACUCAGAUCUCGGACCACGCCGCCAGCCAGCCGCAACUGCUGGCAAAGGCUGCAACCGAGUUCGACUUCUUACCCUGCUCCCCGGCGUCUCCGGGGAUGAAAUCACCGUAACUCUGCGCAUGGUCAGCCUGGACGCCCUGAACCACACGAAAUAUGAGGCUCUGUCUUACGUCUGGGGAUCGGAGAAGGAGCCUAUCGCCAUCACGGUCGGUCGCAGGUGGAGCCUGAAUGUCUCCCGGAAUCUUGCUGUGGCUCUCAAACAUCUUCGCUUCGAAGUCGAGCCUCGCGUUCUCUGGGUCGACGCCAUCUGCAUCAAUCAGGAGGACCUCCAAGAGCGUGCCCAGCAGGUCGGCUUUAUGGGAGACAUAUAUCGGCGAGCUUGGCAGGUCGUCGUUUGGCUCGGCCCCGAGGAAAAUGACAGCACGUGUGCGUUAGACUUUGUUAACACUCUUAAUCGGGUGGUCUCGGUGAAUUGGUGGAAUGGCACCAUGGGGCCUGCGAUAGGGACCGAGAUGAUGAGCCUCUGGCAAGCAGACCAUUCGAUCUCCUUCUCCGCCAUGGUGAGGGAAGGUCUCGCACUCUCGGCGCUUCUCGAUCGCCCCUGGUUUCAACGUGUUUGGAUCCGACAAGAAAUCUUCCUGGCUAAGAAGGCGAUUGUCCAGUGCGGCCAUAAGGAAAUCCUGUGGGCUGCCUUGAAGAAUACGGCCUUCUGCAUAUCCGAGAAGAACUUCUACUUUGGCCCACUUCAGAUGACGCUGGACAGGUCUAAUGUGUUCCGCGAGCGGUUGGCCUUGGUUCAAGAUCUUGGUCGGGAGCGGCCGGAUCACUUGCUCGGAGUCUUGAAAGCGACCAUGGCUUCCAAGUGCAAGGACCCCAGAGACAGAGUCUACGGUGUACUGAAUAUGCUCGAUCCGCGAGAAUCGAACGCCGGCAUUAUUCCGGACUACACCCUGUCCGCGGCCGAGGUCUACAGGAAUUUGGUGGUACACUUUAUCGCUCACUACAAAUCCUUAGACAUUCUCUCCUAUACGAGACUAGAAAGGUGUUGAACUAGCUAGCUUGGCUAGCAUCCAUUCCUUCCACUCCAGGUUCAAUCACUAAUUCAGUUCGUCCGAUUAUUGGGUAUUACUUACGUACGAGCACACCAAUCGUUUAUUAGUAUCGCCAUUCGAUUACGUUCCUUAAACGUACGUUCAGGAAUCAGAUUGGUAAAUCGUUCCCACCACCAAGUAAGUGCGGGGUAAAUCACAUGGUGCUGGGAAUCAGGAAUAUAGCUAGGGAACCCAUUCCCUCUGUUUUUUAUGGAAUCACUCUCCUGUAUCUAGUCAAAACUAGUCAUUCUACAGAUUGUCAAUCUCCAAUAUAUCGAUUUUCCACCGAUAAAUCGAUCCAAGUUCAAUA